GGAACCUUCUCAUUUGAUUGGUUAUUCAAUCCAACGUUGAUAGUCGAGUCAGCUGUGGCUGAAAACCGUCACUUUUCAAAUUGAAAAAAUUGUCAGUACUAACUACUAAGAGACAGUAGGUCGUAAGAGUUCUCUGGGAAAUCACUUAGUUUUUUAGUUUCUUUACCAAGUUUAAGUGAAAGUGCUUUUGAACAUCAAUACAAGAUGACUGACAUAGAGGAAUUGGAGGUUAAACAUUCAGAUGAUGAAGUUGAGUGUUUUUUGGACAAUGAAGUCUUUUUUGGUCCUGUUACUGAAAAAGAAAAAGAAAUAAGGAAACCAUUACCUAGGAAGACACUUCACCCAUGUGAAAUAGCAGAGAUUUCUAAAAGGGGGAUGACGUUUCAUGAAUGGGAAGCUUUCAAAGAUCAAGUCCACAGAAACGAAAUGAAUGACAAAGCUAUCAUUGAAGUCUAUGGUUUGGAUGCGGAUACAACAGAGGAAUCUUUCACUAGUUGUCGCACUUCAGCUGAAGAUGGAACUAAACAAGUUUCAUUUGCUGAGGUGGUGAAUCUUGAUCAUCCAGACUGUGUUGAUUCAUUAUCUGAAUCAUUGGCAGAACAACACUAUGUGGAGUCUCUUUCUGAAUCAAGCAUUAGUCAACCAUGUGAUGAACUGCAAUCUGAAUCAGCAAUUGAAACAAGUCAAAAUGAAAUUUCUGGAACUGAAGAGCUGAAUGACACAUGGGAAAUCCAAGAAAGGAUGCUCUUACUUGCAGAAAAGCUGGAGCGUGGAGAAGACAUUCCAGAACUAGGCAUUUGUCGUCAUUCUUCGGGAGUUGUGGAGUAUACAACAAGGGUGAGCAAAUCUGACAACAAAGAAAAUUCCAUUAUUACGGCUCCUUCCUCCACCCAUCAUUUCCAGGAUAUCAGGGUAAAUGAAGAAGAAGAUUGCAAGAUAUUUAAGAAUGAAGAUCAGAUCAUUGAAGAUGUUGUAAACAAGAAAAUUAAUCCAGAGAUGUCAACAGCAAAAUCUCCUGGCAAAAAAAUCAUAGCUUGCGCCGUUGAAGAAAGAAUAACGAAAUCAGUGGAAGCAUUGGCAAAGGAAAUGGAUUGUCUGUUUUUAGCUGAUUCGACUCUAGAAACACCCGUAAAGAAAGCUCCUCCAAUAAUGGUCAACAAUAGCCUGACCCUCGCAUCAAUGCCUGUGCCUUCUUCUUCCGGAUCUUCCCACAAUGUGGAAACUCCCAUAAAGACACCGUCUGGUUUGGGCGUGAAACACCGCUCAACACCUAUUCAAAAUGAGAGUGUGAAGAGAUCUGCGACGAAACCAAACGUGCGACCCAAUAAGAACACGGUUGCUGAAAGUCCUGUUGGAAUGUACAUUCGCAGUUUGCCGGAACCAAUAUUAAUUGAAAAUGUUCGUUCGGCUCAGAAAAAGAAGCAGAUACACAGUAGUCCCAUGGUCAAACCAGUGCCGGUUGCCAUUAAGAACAAAGACGGCCGCUGGAGUGUAGCUCGGACACCAAAAAGCAGCAAUGCUUCAUCCAAGGAGAAUCGUCUUGAAGCAAACAACUUUGCUGAUUUUAAACCAGUCCUUCCUUGCGUUGUACACGAAGCUGCUGCCACUCUGAUUGAGGAGAGACCUGCUCGUUCUCCGCAUACAAUGCCAGGAGCCGGAGGAAAAAUAGGAAAGUUAAUGGAAAGGGGUCCCACACCUACAGUUAUGAAACAUCACGGUCGCAUUCAAAUCCCCAGAAAUACGACGAACUCAGCUAAAAUUAUUCAUUCGCCUAUGUCUGCACGAGUUGAAUCGUCUAGUGCCCUGAUGGAAGUAUCCGUCCUUGAAGCUGUAGGAAGUAACAAACUUUGCACACCGAAUAGAAAUCCUGCAUCAUUCCGUAAAUAGUUUGAAAGAAACCUCAUUUUAUUCACUUUCUCAAAAUUCCCUCAUUUUACUGAGCGUUUCCCUGUUGAACAAGUGACUGUGUUUUCCUUAAUAUUUGAUAAACAAGAAGCUCCCCAAAUCGGCACUAAAAUUCACGUCUCUUCCUAUCUGCCAUAUAUCUUCUAUUAUGAUUUGCUCCUCGUGUCUUAUUUUCAGUUUUGUGUCGUCGAGCCACGA